AUGUUCUCCCUUCGCACCGCCGUGCGGAGAGCUUCGACCGCCAGACCCCUCCUCUCCGCACCGCACUCCAUCACCUCGGCGAGAUUGGCCUCCCCUCUCGCUCGUCGCUCCCUCAAGGCCUCCGCCGUUCCCUUGCUCCAGGGACGUUCCUAUUCGCGAGCCGCCGAUCCCAACUUCUCCUCCACCCGUUCGACCGUCGUCCAGCUGUUGAGCAACAUCGGCUCUAAGCGGGAGGUUCAGCAGUAUCUCUCUCACUUCACCUCCGUUUCCUCCCAGCAAUUCGCAGUCAUCAAGGUCGGUGGAGCAAUUAUCACCGAACACCUGCAGACCCUCUCGUCCGCCCUCGCCUUCCUGAACCAUGUCGGCCUCUAUCCCAUUGUCGUCCACGGUGCCGGUCCUCAGUUGAAUCGUAUGCUGGAGGCUGCUGGUGUGGAGCCCCAAUUCGAGGAUGGAAUCCGUGUCACUGACGGUAAGACCCUGGCGCUGGCCCGGAAGCUGUUUCUGGAGGAGAACCUCAAGUUAAUCGAGGAGCUGGAGCGCAUGGGAGUGCGCGCCCGCCCUCUGACCGCCGGUGUUUUCUCCGCCGACUAUCUGGACAAGGAGAGGUACAACCUGGUGGGCAAGAUCAAUGGUGUCAACAAGAAGCCCAUCGAGUCUGCCAUCCAGGCUGGCUGUCUGCCCAUCCUGACCUCCAUGGCCGAGACCCCCGAUGGCCAGGUUCUCAACGUGAACGCCGAUGUCGCAGCCGGUGAAUUGGCCCGCGCUCUCCAGCCCCUCAAGAUCGUCUACCUUGCCGAAAAGGGCGGUCUGUUCAACGGAGACACCGGUGAGAAGAUCUCCGCUAUCAACCUCGACGAGGAGUAUGAUCACCUGAUGACCCAGUGGUGGGUGCGUCACGGAACCCGUCUGAAGAUCAAGGAGAUGAAGGAGCUUCUCAGCGAUCUCCCUCGCACCUCCAGCGUGGCCAUUAUUCACCCCGCCGAUCUGCAGAAGGAGCUGUUCACUGACUCCGGUGCGGGUACCCUCAUCCGCCGUGGCAACAAGGUCCACACCAAGACCUCUCUCUCCGAGUUCGAGGAUCUGGACAAGCUGAAGGAAGUGCUUGUCCGUGACCGCGAGGGUCUGGACGCGCGCGCCACCGUCGACCGCUAUGUGGAGGGGUUGAAGGAGCGAGACUUCAAGGUCUACUACGAUGAGCCUAUGGAGGCUCUGGCCGUGGUGCUCCCCCCGCAGAAGGAUGCCUCUGCCCCCUUGGCUCACCUUGCUACUUUCACCAUCACCAAGUCUGGAUGGCUCUCCAAUGUUGCCGACAAUGUGUUCGCGUCGAUCAAGAAGGAUUUCCCCAAACUCGUGUGGACUGUCAAGGAGGAUGAUGAGAACCUGACUUGGUUCUUCGACAAGGCUGAUGGCAGUCUCAGCCGCGAGGGAGAGGUUCUCUUCUGGUACGGCAUUGAGAAUGGCGAGGAAGUCAAGCAGUUGGUUCAGGAAUUCAACAAGCACGGCCGGGAGAUGUUCGGUGACAUCAACCUGGAGUCCCGCCUACACCGCGCCGCCCAGGCCGCCGCCAACAUCGGCAAGGGCUUCGGUGCCAGCGGUGCUUCCACCGAGCAGAAGCGCACUUUCUCGACCACCACCAACGCCCUCCGGUCUGCCCGCGCCGUCCGUCCCACGGUCCCUGUGACCACCGUCCGCACCUAUGCCACCACCAACCCCAACCCUCCUCUGGGAGAGAAGAACAUGUCCAACAACCGCCCGUCCAAGGUUGCGCUCAUUGGUGCUCGCGGUUAUACCGGCCAGGCUCUGAUCAACCUGCUCAAUGCUCACCCUCACAUGGACCUGCGUCAUGUCUCGUCUCGCGAGCUGGCUGGUAAGAAGCUCCAGGGUUACGACAAGCGUGAGAUCAUCUACGAAAACCUCAGCCCGGAGGACGUUAAGCGCAUGUCUGAGAACGGUGAUGUGGACUGCUGGGUCAUGGCCCUGCCCAACGGUGUCUGCAAGCCUUUUGUGGAUGCUGUCGACCAGGGCGCUGACAAGGGCAACGUGAUUGUCGACCUGAGCGCCGACUACCGUUUCGACCCCAAGUGGACCUAUGGUCUCCCUGAGCUUGUGAACCGCUCCAAGAUCGCUCAGGCCACCCGCAUCGCCAACCCUGGUUGCUACGCCACCGCGGCCCAGAUCGGCAUUGCCCCUCUUGUCCCUUAUCUCGGUGGCCAGCCUACUGUCUUUGGUGUCUCUGGAUACUCCGGUGCCGGCACCAAGCCCAGCCCCAAGAACGACGUGGAGAACCUGACCAACAACAUCAUUCCCUACAGCUUGACUGAUCACAUUCACGAGAAGGAGAUCAGCUCCCAGCUUGGCACCAGCAUUGCCUUCAUUCCUCAUGUGGCUGUCUGGUUCCAGGGCAUCCAUCAAAGCAUCAGCAUUCCUCUCAAGGAGGAACUGUCCUCUCGUGAUAUUCGCAACAUCUACCAGGACCGCUACGCCGGCGAGAGACUUGUGAAGAUUGUGGGAGAGGCCCCCUCUGUCAAGGCCAUCGCCGGCCGUCACGGCGUGGAGGUCGGCGGCUUUGCCGUCCACUCCAGCGGCAAGCGGGUCGUUGUGUGUGCCACCAUUGACAACCUGCUCAAGGGUGCGGCCACCCAGUGUCUCCAAAAUAUGAACCUUGCCCUCGGCUACGGCGAGUAUGAGGGUAUCCCCCUUGAAUAG